AUGACUAACACUUUUGAGUCCUCCAACAACAACUCUCCCUCACAGUCCACCGGUCGUACCGACCCUCCUCCUCCACCUCCCAUUCCUAAGACGACCCGUCUUGCUCUCACUGUCCCGAAUAUUACUAAUUUCAUUAAGAUUACUCUGAGCAUUGAAAAGGGCACGUAUAACACGUGGUCAGAACUUUUCAAAAUUCAGGCUCGAGUUUUUCAAGUGACUGGCCAUAUUAUUCCCUCUGAACCAGCCGCAGAUCCUUCUCUCAAAACUACUGAUCCACAGUUAUGGCUUCGUCUCGACGCCAUCGUUUUGCAGUGGAUAUAUGGAACAAUCUUCGAUGAUCUUCUUAACACUAUCAUUGAACAUAAUUCCACCGCUGAAAUCGCGUGGAAUCACUUAUUCGACAUUUUUUAUGAUAACAAGAAUUCUAGGGCUCUCUACCUAGAGAAAGAAUUUUCGCGAACUCAUAUGGAGAAAUUCUCUGAUGCUUCCUCCUACUUCCAGAAUCUCAAGUCUCUUUCUGAUCAACUAGCUAAUGUUGGUGCUCUGUAUCGAAUGAAUGUUUAG